GCGCCCGGGGUCCUCCCGCCCCGCGGCAGCCCGGGCACGGUGCAGGCUGGGGGGACAUGGCCGCUUCUGGUCGCCCUGCCAGGCCGGCGCGGGCUUGACCGGGGUCUCUGCCUGCGCGCUCCGCCCUCUGCUCCUCCCGCUCGGCUGCCGCGGAGGUCGCUUCAGCCUUUCCCCGCCGCCGCCCGCGCCGCACCAUGGAGAAGAGCUCGAGCUGCGAGAGCCUGGGCUCCCUGCCGGCGGUGGCGUGGCCGCCCAGCGUGGACUCCCUGUCCAGUGCUUCUACUUCUCAUUCAGAGAAUUCAGUGCAUACAAAAUCAGCAUCUGUUGUAUCAUCAGACUCUAUUUCAACUUCUGCAGACAACUUUUCUCCUGAUCUGAGGGUCCUGAGGGAGUCUAGCAAAUUAGCAGAAAUGGAAGAACCACCCUUGCUUCCAGGAGAAAAUAUUAAAGACAUGGCUAAAGAUGUAACUUAUAUAUGUCCAUUCACUGGUGCUGUACGAGGAACUCUGACUGUCACAAAUUACAGGUUAUAUUUCAAAAGCAUGGAACGGGAUCCCCCAUUUGUUUUAGAUGCUUCUCUUGGUGUGAUAAGCAGAGUAGAAAAAAUUGGUGGUGCUUCUAGUCGAGGUGAAAAUUCUUAUGGGUUAGAAACUGUGUGCAAGGAUAUUAGGAAUUUACGGUUUGCUCAUAAACCUGAGGGGCGAACAAGAAAAUCCAUAUUUGAGAAUUUAAUGAAAUAUGCAUUUCCAAUCUCUAAUAAUCUGCCUCUUUUUGCUUUUGAAUACAAAGAAGUAUUCCCUGAAAAUGGAUGGAAGCUAUAUGACCCUCUUUUAGAGUAUAGAAGGCAGGGAAUUCCAAAUGAAAGCUGGAGAAUGACAAAGAUAAAUGACCAAUAUGAGCUUUGUGAUACAUACUCUGCCCUCUUGGUUGUGCCAGCAAAUAUCCCUGAUGAAGAGUUAAAAAGAGUGGCGUCAUUCAGGUCAAAGGGGCGUAUCCCCGUUUUAUCAUGGAUUCAUCCUGAAAGUCAAGCCACAAUCACUAGAUGUAGCCAGCCCAUGGUAGGUGUGAGCAGGAAGCGAAGCAAAGAAGAUGAAAAAUACCUUCAAGCCAUCAUGGACUCCAAUGCCCAGUCUCAUAAAAUUUUUAUAUUUGAUGCCCGGCCAAGUGUUAAUGCUGUUGCCAAUAAAGCAAAGGGUGGAGGUUAUGAAAGUGAAGAUGCCUAUCAAAAUGCAGAGCUAGUUUUUCUAGAUAUCCACAAUAUUCAUGUUAUGAGGGAAUCAUUACAGAAACUUAAGGAGAUUGUGUACCCCAACAUCGAGGAGACUCACUGGCUGUCUAACUUGGAAUCUACUCACUGGCUAGAACAUAUUAAGCGUAUUCUUGCAGGGGCUCUGAGAAUUGCUGACAGAGUCGAGUCAGGGAAGACAUCUGUGGUCGUCCACUGUAGCGAUGGGUGGGAUCACACAGCUCAACUCAGUUCCCUCGCCAUGCUUAUGUUGGAUGGAUACUAUCGAACUAUCCAGGGAUUUGAAGUCCUUGUGGAAAAAGAAUGGCUAAGCUUUGGACAUCUAUUUCAGCUUAGAGUGGGCCAUGGAGAUAAGAACCAUGCAGAUGCAGACAGAUCACCCAUUUUUCUUCAGUUCAUUGACUGUGUCUGGCAAAUGACAAGACAGUUUCCUACAGCAUUUGAGUUCAAUGAAUAUUUUCUCAUUACCAUUUUGGACCACCUGUACAGCUGUUUAUUUGGAACAUUCCUCUGUAACAGCAAACAGCAGAGAGGAAAAGAGAGUCUUCCUAGAAGGACUGUGUCUCUGUGGUCUUACAUAAACAGCCAGCUGGAAGACUUCACAAAUCCUCUCUACAGGAGCUAUUCCAAUCAUGUGCUUUAUCCAGUAGCCAGCAUGCGCCACCUAGAACUCUGGGUGGGAUAUUAUGUGAGGUGGAAUCCACGGAUGAAACCACAGGAGCCCAUUCACAACAGAUACAAAGAACUUCUUGCUAAAAGAGCAGAGCUUCAGAAAAAAGUAGAGGAACUACAGAGAGAGAUUUCCAACCGUUCAACCUCAUCCUCGGAGAGAGCCAGUUCUCCCGCACAGUGUGUCGCUCCUGCCCAAAUUGUUGUAUGAAAGGGAUAUGAGGUGGGGGCCUUCCUUGCCAUGAACUCCGUUACAAAGGCAGCUUGAGGAGGGGAAAGUCUUCUGAAUUUAGAACUGAACCAAUCUAUGAAAGAAAUUCAAUGCUUAUAUUUAUUUUAAAUCUCUCUACGAUGGGUUUAAAACUGCAGCAGUACAGGUGGUUUAAGUGAAAUAACCCCCUGUGUCAUCUUACAAGUCACCCAAGGAAGAUACUUCAAUCCUCGAUCCACAGUGGGAAAAGGUUUCUGAUUUUAAAAGGAAAAUCUGUUAGAAAUUUUGGUGCCUGGUAAAAUCAAAAUGUAAACCACUUCAGAACUAUACCUCUUGAAGGAAGAGAGCUCACUGCACAGUGAGGAGCCUCAGUUUUCAUUCCAGUACUAAAUUUCCAUGGCAUUAUGCAUACUGGGCUUUUAUGUCAUGAUAGAUCAAAUCUUCUGCUAGUCCUUUCCCAUUCAGGGGUUUUUCUUUCCUGUAGUAAUGUACUUUGAGCACCUUUCAAAACCCAGUCUUCAUAUAUGAUAAGGCAAAAAGUCUUGAGGAAAUUACAGUGUCGUGGUUGAAAACUAUUGCUGUCAUUAUUUAUACACUAAGCUGCACUUGGUAACUAUUCCAAAAUGAUGCCUUAUAGAUGUGCUUGUUGGGGGGAGGAUAGAAAGUGGUAGCCAUCCAGAUUUCAAAGAAUUCCAAAUCCUUUUCCAUUUGCACAAUUACUAGAGACAUCAUGAAACAUUUUAAAAACAUUAUCUACCCUACUUUGUGUAUGUGCCUAAA